CAAAUAUCGCAGCAACACCACUGCGCGAAGUAAGCCAUUAACUAUACACACUCAAAAGAAAUAACCAAUCAAUUUAAGCUGCAGCCAUAGCAGAGUUCUGAUUGGCUGAUUGUGCAAGUGCGUGGAAUUAUGUUCCGAACACUAUUUACAGUUUAAACAGCACAAUUUACCUACCCGUGACGUUAGAAGUAAAUUGUUUUUUCAUUCGUUUAAGAGCGUUUGAACACGAAGGUCGAGAAAUAAGCGCAAAUAUGGACUUCUAAAACAAAACAAAAAAAAACACUGCAGUGAAAAUUAAUUUUGCAAAAUUUUACUAAAAGUAUAUACAAAAUUGUGUUAAGUGAAAAUAAAUGAUGGCGCGUUACGAUUCCCAAAUAUGUCGAGAUUCACCAAAUUGUUACAAUAAUGAGAAUAUAUAUUUUAACGAUCUGCGGCUUAACGAUGUUUCAAUUAUUGAACAACAAUGGAGUGCUUCAUAUUGUUCUGACUCGAGUAACAAUCCAGGCUGCUAUAUAUCAAACGCUUGUUCGGGAGCAAACUUAACUUCCAACUCAUUUUAUCGGUCGUCACAAUGUUGUUCUGAAUCAUCACCCAAAUUUGAUGAAACGGGAAAAGACUUUCAUGAGAUUUUACUCACACCCACUUCAACGAAAGAAGUUACUGCUGUGCCUGCAGUGCGUAUAAUUAAGAAAAGAAAUACGGCCAACAAGAAAGAACGAAGAAGAACACAAAGUAUCAACAAUGCUUUUACAUGUUUACGAGAAAAAAUUCCCAAUGUACCAUCAGAUACGAAAUUAUCCAAGGACCAACAAAAUUAUGGAAUUAAACUUAUUGAUGCAAAUACGCGUAUGUGUAUGUGUAUUCGCAAUUACAAUGCAGUGCAUUACUACAGCUCUAGAUUCGUCUUAAAGUAUCCACUUGAAAGAGGCAAACCACUUUUGUUAAUAUCUACGACUAUAUACAUGCGAGUAUAUACAAUACAAAAAUUGUUUACCUGAAAGUAGAUCUAAUUUGUAUAUUUCAAAACAUGAAAGUGUAUAUAUAAUACAAUACAUAUAUGGAAGGUCUAUAAAAUGCACAAUCUUAUCUACAUGUACUUGUAUGUAUGUACAUAUCUUUUAGUAGAAACGGAAAAGUGUUAUUGAACCCAACCUCGUUCGUACCUAUUAUUAAAAUCGCCAUUUUGUAUAGAAAUUUUUGCAUACCAGUUAUGUAUCUCUAUAAUAACAAUUUAUAUAUUAUAUAACUCCCUCGAAGAAUCCAAUUUAAGAAGUUUUAAUAAUUUAUUAGUAAUUAAAACAAGGAAAACGUUUACUUAUGCUGCACCGAAAGAUUUUGAGACAAUAUGUAAGAGUAUGUUCGGAGAUUGUAAAAUUGAUUAUGAUCGGUCAGUUAGUAUGACAUUAGCAUAUGCUAUAGGGGCCGGAUCUGAAAAUUUUUUUCGAAGAUUGUAGCGUUGCCAUAGACAAUAGUCUAAGCUAAAUUUCGUGAAGAUAUCUUGCCAAAUAAAAAGUUUUUCAUACAAGAACUUGAUUUUGAUCGAACUGACAAAAGAGCAGGCUUUUGAGAAGAAAAAAACGCAUGCAAAUUUUCAGUUUGAUAUCUCAAAAACUAAGGGACUAGUUCGCAUAUAUGUAGGAAUUCAGGCAGACAGCAGAUAUAACUAAACCGACUCGUCACUGGUGGCAGCUGGUCACUUAUACAUAGGUAUACUUUAUAGGGUCUCCGAGGUAUGCUUCUAGGAUAGAUGUUCGUGAUUUGUUCGACAUAUGUACUCUCUAAGGUGUAUUAAUUUUAAUUUAUCGUUAUAACAUACAUAUUUUUAUUUUAAGAUUAAAACGCUGAAAUUAGC